ACAAUUUGUGCAAAUGGCCGCGUUGUGAAGUGUGCGAAACUCCUUUUUCUCGUGUUUUAUCCGCCGUUUUUACUGAAGAUUCCACGUGACUGACGCCGGUUUUACGCGAAUCAGUAUUCUUGGAUACCUGUUGAUACGUACUCGUGUUAUCAGUGCCCGGGUUCCGUUGACGUGUCGAAUUAAUCCGUUUAAAUGAUCGCGAUCGCGUACGAUGAUAUAACGAGUUCGCCAACAUGGCGGUACGCUACGAAAGAGUGAUUUUAUGUCGCGGUACGUCGGAAAAAAGCGACUCACAAGAGUCUUACGUGAACGCGUUUAAAAUAGCUGGUUACUCGUGCGAAUGCUUGCCCACGCUAUGUUUCGAAUUUGUGAACACGUCCCAGAUGAGAACGUGUCUUCUGACUCCGUCUUCGUAUCACGGACUGAUACUGACAAGUCGGCGUGCUGCGGAGGCGAUCGAGCUUGCUUCGAAAGAGGAUGACAGCAUUCUGCGUCCAUGGAAGACUUUGCCAGUGUAUUGUGUCGGGCCAGCAACCGAAUCGUUCGUGAAAACUCAGUUGGGUUUAGAAAACUGCCUCGGAAAAGAGACUGGCAAUGCCAAAGAAUUAGCUGAGUUGCUAGUAGCUUCUGUUGCCAAAGACACAGCUCCUUUGCUGUAUCCUUGUAGCGAGAUUGGGCGCGAGACAAUCGAAAAGGCACUCAGUGAUAACGAUAUAGGAGUACACAGAAUAGUAGUUUACAAAACCUUGCCUAACGAGUGUUUAGAACACGAGUUGCUCAAAUUCAUGGACGAUGUACCAAAGAUAUUCGUUUUCUUCAGUCCUUCUACGGUAGAACAUGUAGUAAACCUUUUGAGAAAGAAAUGUUACGAUUUAAAUAAAGUGAAGGCUGUGGCUAUCGGUCCUGUCACUAGUCAAGCACUACGCGAUGCUGGCCUGAAAAUCUUCGCGACCGCCGGCAAACCUGAACCGACAUCUUUAAUAAAAGCCAUUAGUGACUCGGAAAGGUGUGAAUGAAGAAUGCAUGAAUUGAAUGAAGAAGAUGCGUGAAUUGAAUGAAGAAGAUGCGUGAAUUGAAUGAAGAAGAUGCGCGGGUUAUGCUGUACGUAAGUACAAAGCCAUUGUUAUUAAUUUAAAAAUGUAUUUAUUGUUGAUGGUAUUCUACCGAGGAGGUAGAGCGUGAUACUUGGAUUUGUGUAACAUGACCAAAACGAUUAGGGUAUUUCCUUCGUUCAUGGUUUUGUAUACAAUUUAUUGAAACAGGAAAUGUACUUUGUUAAAUCUACUCAUUUUAUGGAUUGACAACAUUCGAAACAUAUACUUUUAUCGUAACAAUAAAUAUCUUAUUUUACUAAAGGUA